AUGACUUCCAACGAUACCGAGGCGAGCCGUCUGCAGGAGCUUCAUGCAGUCGUACGCGAUCAAGAUGACCUAGAAAGAGAUAUCACCAGCAAGGCGGACCAACUCCUCGCGGAAAAAGCGGAGGAAAACGACAUCAAACGCCUGGAGAAGGCCUUGAACGAAAAAGAGAAGCUCGAUGCCCAGAUACGAUCGGCGCGCCACCGUCUGGCUCAGCAUGUCGGAGCCGCAACCCGCCACAAACUCGAAAAUGAGCUGCACAAGCUGGAGCAGCGUCGAACCGAAGUACAAAAUGACAUUCGAGAUAUCCAAAAGCGUAUCGACGAUCGGCGCAAGAUCCAGGAGGCUGGGACUGGUGUCCAGGGCCCCGGUCGACAGCUCAACGAGUCACGCCGUGACUACCUCCUUCGGACGGGAAAGAUCACCCCCUUCGAUCUCGCGAAUGCCGGAACUCAGGUUGGCGACCCGUCGACUCUCCAGGAUGCCCUGGAUGACGCAGAAGAUGAACAAAAGCUGGAGGAAGAGCGUGCGCGGGCGCCGAACGAGCCCACUGCGUCCCACCGCAACCUUGCGCGCCCCGGACUGGAUUUCGAAGACGGUAGUGAGAGCAGCGUCACGGCGGGUGCCACUAAGCGGAGGAAGCUUGCCACAAGCCCCAAGACCGUAAAAACGCGCAAGUCUAGUUCGCCUGAUGCUGACUCGUCUGCGAGCUUCGUCGCCUCUGAUGGCGAGAGCGCGAAAUCAGAAGAUGACGACUUCAUGUUCGAUACCAAGGCCGAUACCAGUACUCGCAAGCGCAAGCAGACUAACGCCGAGGCUGAGUUCGAAGAUCUCAGCGGUGUGGAUGACGGGAAUGAAAAGGUCUACCAGGAUCGCCUCCAAAAAUGGAUCAAAAAACGCAGCGCCGCGCGCAAACGCGUAAACGCGGGCAUUAAAGAAGAAAACGAGGAGCAGGAUGAAUGGCUUAAACCGCAUCCCACCGAACCCGACAUGGAGCUAGCAAAUGGACUUCGCAUCCCUGGAGAUAUUAGUCGAUAUCUGUUUGACUACCAACGUACAGGCGUCCAGUGGCUCUGGGAGUUACACCAACAGAUGGUCGGCGGUAUCAUUGGAGACGAAAUGGGUCUGGGUAAGACAAUUCAGGCCAUCUCCUACCUUGCAUCUUUGCACCACAGCAAUUUUUACGACAAGCCCUCAAUUGUUGUAUGCCCUGCAACCCUCAUGGUGCAAUGGGUUAACGAAUUCCAUCGCUGGUGGCCAGCAUUCCGCGUCUCGAUCCUGCACAGCUCUGGUAGCGGUAUGGUCAAUCUAAGUAAGGAGAGCAACCGCGAGAGCCGACUGGCAUCUGAGAUGAUGGGUACCAACCCUUCUCACCAUAUGUCAGCCGGCCAGAAAGCUGCCAAGAGAAUCAUUAACCGCGUCACUGAUGCCGGCCACGUCUUGGUGACUACAUAUGCUGGCCUGCAGUCUUACGCAGAUCUUCUAGUCGGUGUUGAUUGGGGAUGUGCCAUUCUUGACGAAGGUCACAAGAUUCGCAACCCCGAUGCUAGCAUCACGUUCAGUUGCAAAGAACUAAGGACUCAUCACCGCAUCAUUUUAUCCGGAACCCCUAUGCAGAACAGCUUGGUUGAUCUUUGGUCUCUUUUUGAUUUUGUCUUCCCGAUGCGCCUGGGAAACCUAGUCUCUUUCAAGAACCAGUUCGAAAUUCCUAUUCGCCAAGGUGGAUACGCAUCCGCAUCAAAUCUUCAGGUUCAGACUGCUGCGAAGUGUGCGGAGACUUUGAAAGACGCUAUCAGUCCUUACCUCCUUCAGCGCUACAAGGCCGAUGUUACGUCUGAUCUGCCUAAGAAGAGCGAGCAGGUGAUAUUCUGCAAACUCACCAAGUGGCAACGAACGGUCUACAAGCGGUUCCUUGGCUCGGACGACAUGCGCUCUAUUUGCAGAGGCAAAAAGAAUUCUCUUUUCGGAAUUGAUAUUCUUCGAAAGAUCUGCAACCAUCCAGAUCUUGUAGACCACGCAUUUCGAUCCCACGAGGCUGAUUACGGCCAGGGUGAUCUGUCUGGCAAGAUGCUCGUUUUGAAGGGCCUUCUUGAGGUGUGGAGAGAUACCGGCCACAAGACUUUACUAUUUGCACAGACUCGUCAGAUGUUAGAUAUCAUUCAGAAGUUUAUUCGGAAUCUCGGUGACUUCAACUUUCGUCGCAUGGACGGAAAUACCGCGAUCAAAGACCGCCAGAGUAUGGUGGAUGAAUUCAACACCAAUCCUGACAUUCACGUCUUCCUGCUUACCACCAAAGUUGGGGGUAUCGGUGUGAAUCUAACAGGGGCUGAUCGAGUUAUCAUCUACGAUCCGGAUUGGAAUCCGUCGACUGACAUGCAAGCCCGUGAGCGCGCAUGGCGUCUUGGCCAGAAACGCGAUGUCACCAUUUUCCGUCUUAUGACCAAGGGUACAAUUGAAGAAAAGAUUUAUCACCGCCAGAUCUUCAAGCAGUUCCUGACCAACAAGAUCACCAAGAAUCCACACCAACGGGAGGGUUUCCAACUCGGUGAUCUCUACGAUCUGUUCUCUCUGACAGAGGAGGAUGACAACGAGCUGGAGACAAGCAGGCUCUUCCAAAAUGCUGAAGUGACCUACCAAGAAGAGGAGGAGUCGGCUACCAUGAAAGGCAGCGCUGCGGAACUGAUCAAAUCUCCGCAGCCCAAGGCUGAAGAUAUCAACACCGUCCAAGGAGUUGCCAACAUAGAAGAAUUCAAAAACAGCUCCGAAGAGGCAAAGGAAUCUCAAAACGCCGAACAGCGCAUCAUGCACGGCAUCUUCGCGCGUUCCGGUGUCCAUUCUGCCCUCGAACACGACCAUAUCGUGGACGGCAGACGCGCAGUCCGAGCUGACGCGAAAGACAUCGAGCGCGCAGCCCGCCGCGUCGCCGACGAAGCAGCCGCAGAGCUCCGCAAAGCCGAAGAGACCGCUCGCACCAUGCCCAUCGGCCUCCCAACCUGGACGGGCCAGUACGGCGUCGGCGGACGCGACAAUCAAAGCGGUAGCUCCGCACGUCCAGCACGAGCCGGGCCCUCCUCCGCCAAUCUUCUCGCAAACCUCAACCCCGCCGCUGCUCAGAACAACGCAUCUCCCGCCGUGCCAGACCGCAUGCCCCGCGGCAAAGAAUUUAUCCCACUAAUCCGAGACUUCCUUCUCAAGCGCCGUGGUCCCGUCUGGAGCCAGGUGAUUGUUGACAAUUUCAACCAUUUCUGUACGAAUCAGCAGCGCUCAACUGAGUUUCAGGAAGCGUUGAAAAAAGUAGCCAAGCUUGAGCGGGAUCGCGGUGGGCGUGGAAAAUGGAUUCUGAAGCCUGAAUUUGUACCCUCGCCCUCAUCCGAGUCUGUGCGGAAUGUUCCGAGGAGAUGA